AUGACACAACGAAAAGUUAUUUUCUUUGAUUCAAAAUCAUAUGAUGAAAAAACAUUUAAAUCAGCCUUAAAAAAUUUAAAUGGUCAAGAUAAACUUCGUUUUACAUUUCUCGAAAGUAAAUUAAGUGAAGAAACAGUUGAAGAAGCAAAAGACUAUGAUGCUAUUUGUGUAUUUGUCAAUGAUGUUGUUAGUGAAAAUGUUAUAGAAGAAUUACAUAAAAAAUGCAAUACAAUCAAAAUUAUUGCUUUAAGAAGUGCAGGAUUUAAUAAUGUUCAUUUAGAAACAGCUGAAAAAUAUGAUAUCAAAGUUUGUCGUGUACCACGAUAUUCGCCUUAUGCUGUUGCUGAACAUUCAGUUGCUCUUUUAUUAUCACUUAAUCGUAAUAUGCAUCAUGCCUUUUUUCGAACAAAACAACAUAAUUUUAAUUUGGAUGGUUUAGUUGGUAUAGAUCUUUUUGGUAAAACUGUUGGAAUUAUUGGAACAGGUGGUAUUGGAAUGUGUGCUAUUAAUAUAUUUUUGGGUUUUGGUUGUAAAGUAUUAGCUUAUGAUGUUUAUCCUAAUGAAAAAGUAGCAAAAGAAAAAGGUUUUUUAUAUACAACAAUGGAUGAAUUACUUCGAGAAAGUGAUGUUGUUUCACUCUACGCACCAUUACUUGAAUCAACUUAUCAUAUUAUUAAUAAAGAAGCAUUAGAUAAAAUGAAACAUGGUGCAAUGUUAAUUAAUACAAGUCGUGGAGGUUUAGUUGAUGCGAAUGCUCUUGUUGAGUGCCUUAAAAAAGGAAAAUUACGAGGAGCUGCACUUGAUGUAUAUGAAAAUGAAAAAAAAUAUUUCUUUAAUGAUUUUAGUCAACAAGUAAUGGACGAUGAUACAUUAGCACGUUUAAUAUCCAUGCCAAAUACAAUUGUUACAUCUCAUCAAGCAUUUCUUACUGAAGAAGCAUUGAAAAAUAUUGCGGAAUCAACCAUACAAAGUUUACUUGACUUUUUUGAUGGUAAACCACUCAAUGAAAAUCAUGAAGUUAAAUUACCACCAAAAACUGAAGAAAAGAAAUAA